AUGUCUGAGCAAUCAAUACCCCAAUUAUUUGUUGAAGGACAGUUUCUACCUAACAAAUGGCUGCAUACUAAAAUAGAAACUGAGUAUAACAUUAAUGGGAAAGUGUUUACUAUACAAAAUGAUGAUAAUGAUGUCUAUUAUAAAUUUGAAGUUGUUUCUGAUACAGACAGUUUGGGUGAGAGUAGCAGUGGAUUACUUGACAAAGACGAGUGCAAGUUCCUUCCUGUGUCCAUAAAAAAAACACUUUAUGGUAUUAUUGUUAACGAUGAAAUAAUUGUUCCAAUUAAUAAUUGGCAUACAAUAAUAACGUUGGAAGAUCACAUUUGGUGCUGUGUCUGUUUGGACAUAGAUGCAGAUGCGAUUACUCACAUCAAAAGCGGUAUACAUAUAAAAAGUAUGAAUAAGUAUCAGCCUCUGGACAGAUUUGAUUUGAACCUUGUAAGAUUGAUUGAUCAAUACUACCACUGUGCUGUAUGCAACGAAUCAUUCCAUAAAUCUGAAGAAAAUCAUUUUGACAGUGAAACUCAUGAAAACAAGAUAUUGUAUGCAAUCAACCAUUGUUCAGAUGUUCAAGAUAUGCGGAAUAUUGACAAACUCACUUACCCAUUUGACCCCUUGUUCGCUCAUUUGUUUGAUUCCUCACAACCUCAAUCAUCUGAAUCCUCGAUCCCUCAUUCAGUCGAACCGUCGCACUAUCAUUCAAUCGAACGCUCACCCAAUGAAUCACCUAGUGUAUCAUCUUCAAGUUCACGCGCAGAUUAUGUAGAGAGCGUCAGUAUUACAAGUGAGAGUGGGAUUGAUUUCAAUGAAAAUGAUGGAUUUUAUGAUAUAAACUGGGAGAACAAGCCAGUUGAACGUUCAUAUGCAUCUGUUGCUGCGGCUGUGCCAAAGCUAUUUUUUAUAAACUGGUUCGGUAAAAAAUGUAAGAUUGAAAAAGAUUCUUGGAACAUGAUUUUAAAGAUCAAGAGCCAUAUCAUCUAUUGUAUGGCAUGUAAAAUAAUCGAUGAUGUCCAGCAAAAACGUAACCAUUGCUUAGAGAAGACACAUAUAAAAAAUCUCAAAUUGUGUACACCAGUUGAGAAAUACAAGAAUUACGUUAUAAGAAAGGUAGACGAGAAAUACCACCACUGUGCCAAUUGCAAUAAUCUUCAAGCAGAGGAUAGGGUCGCUGAACAUAUUGAAGAGGCACACAAACAAAAACCGAAAACGCUGAAAAAGCCAAGAAAACCGAGAAGUGAAAUCGAAAAUAAAAAUGGAAGCAAAAUAAACAGUAACAGUUUGCAAAAUAACGGCAAUAAGCGUAAAGUUACUGAAGGAAAGGUUCAAGAAAUUACCGUCACAAAAAGUAAAGGUCCAGAAAAAAAAGACACCCAAAAUCAAGCUAUAGACGAGAUCAAAAUUAAAGUCCAAGAAAUAAACGAGAUCGAAAUUCAAGGCCAAGCAAUAAACGAGAUCGAAAUUAAAGGCCAAUCAAUAAACGACGUCGAAGUUAAACGCCAAGCAAUAAACGAGAUCGAAAUUCAAGGCCAAGCAAUAAACGAGAUCGAAAUUCAAGGUCAAAAAGCCAAUGUUAUCAAUUAUCAAGAAAAAAAUAAUGAUAUAACCAACAGUGAAAUUAUAAUACAGCAAUUCGGUUGUAGGAUAAAAAUAUUAUUAUUAUCGUAUCAUUUAGUGUUUAUUACCCUAAAUAAUGAUGCUUACUGCAAUCUGUGUAAUAAAACAAUGAGUAAACUGUAUAUUUCUCAGCAUCUAAAGGACGAAAUACAUAUAUUUUUGUUGCAGCGAUUGUUCAUACCAAGUAUGGGCGUUAAUUUAAUAAGAACUGUCAAUGCCAUUGUUGGGAAUGGACACCUACGGUUAAAUGCCGGGUUACAUUGCGCUUUAUGUCAUUUUGUUAUGAACAACAACAGUAUGGAUCUGAUCAGGCACAUAACGACAUCACUUCAUAUUUUUAACUUAAAUAAAGCCCUUCGUAAUGGUCAAACCCAGGAUGACAAUACAGAAGAAAAGAAAGAACAGAGGCCAAUAGAAAAAGGAAAUGAUGAAGAAAAUAAAGUUAAAGAUACACCAAGAGAUGUUGUUAAUUUAAAUAAAACCCUUUCUAAUUGUCAAAGAACCCAGAAUGACAAUACAGAAGAAAAGAAAGAGCAGAGGCCAAUAGAAAAAGAAAAUGAUGAAGGAAAUAAACGUGAAGAUACACUAACAGGUGUUAAUUACUUAAAUACAGCUCUUUGUAAGGGUCAAAGAAUACAGGAUGACGAUACAGAAGAAAAGAAAGACCAGAGGCCAAUAGAAAAAGACAAUGAUGAAGAAAAUAUUAAAGGUGAAGGAAAUGAACGUGGAGAUACACCAACAGGUGUUGCCAACUUAAAUAAAGCUCUUUGUAAGGGUCAAAGAACCCAGGAUGACAAUAAAAAAGAAAAUAAAUACCAGAAGCCAAUAGAAAAAGAAAAUGAUGAAGAAAAUAUUAAAGAUACACCAAUAGAUGCACAGCCAGAUAAAGAUAAUUUGAUCAAUAAUGAAAAAGUCUCUGAAGCAAAUAUUAAACAUACUGAAAAAGUAAUUCGCAAAUCAAAAGUUAUUUCAAUUUUAAAAGAAAAUAAAACAGAACGAGAUCCAGUGAUCGAGAUAUAUACCGAAUUAGUUAAUCAUUUAAAAGAUCAAGGUUUAUGGAAUGAUAUAGGUGACCUGCGUGUAAAUGAAAUUUUCUUUGAAAUAAUAAUGGCUAAGUUGAAGAAUAAAAAUUUAAAAAUUAGUUUUGCAUCUUACAACACAUUUGUAUCUGUGGGUAACGGAACUUGGUAUUGUGUUGUGUGCUCUGUGGAUUUUUUAAAAAUGGGCGUGCACUUUACUAUUGAUGGCCAUUUGAAGAAUUUAAGAAAACACACGUUUAUAGACAAAUACGAUGUUAAUUUAAUUCGUCGGAAUAGGCAAUAUUAUCACUGCGGAAUAUGUAACGUAAUAACCACAAAAGAGGAGUUACAAACACACAUAACAUGGAAUGAACACAGUAACAAUUUGUCUGAUAGUAUGAAAAAUCGGCACAGAAAUUUAAAAGGUUUAAAAACAAUCGAACUCAGUUUGGGAAAGGAAAAACAAUUCGACGACAUUUUGUUACAUACAAAAAUUGUUGCAAACUAUAAAUUCGAAGCUGUCAACACUACGAGUGUUGCCAAGAAGAAUAAAAUUAUCACGCACGCUGGCAAAUCUUUUAAAUUAACGUGGGACGCGUGGCAGGGUGUUACGAAGAAUAAAAAUGGCUACAAGUGUAUAUUCUGCAGGGUAGAUAUGAAAAACUACGAUUUAUCAGGUCACGUGAAUUCAGAAAGGCAUACAAUAUUUUUGAAAUCAUUUGAAAAGAAAUACUUGCCUGCAUUGAUAAGGAAGAUCAACGACUCGACUGUCAAUUGCCUUACUUGUGCUAGUGAAGUAUCGAGCAAAGAACAUAUAUUAUUAGAUCACAUAAAAGGUAAAAAACACUUAAGAAACCACAAAUACAUCCUUAAUGCGUCAGAUAAAAGUUGCUAUGAUGAUGUACUUAAUCUGUAA